GUUUCUUCAGAAGUUGGGCAAUUCAGGCCGGCACGAUGCGCGUGGUGGUGAUUGGAGCCGGGGUCAUUGGGCUGUCCACUGCCCUGUGCAUCCACGAGCGCUACCAUUCGGUCCUGCCAUCGCUGGACGUCAGGGUCUAUGCAGACCGCUUCACCCCGUUCACCAACAGCAACGUGGCUGCUGGCCUCUGUCAGGCCUACCUCUCGGACCCCAGCAACCCACAGGAAGUACAUUGGAACCAGCAGACCUUUGACUAUCUCCUGAGCCACAUCCAUUCUCCCAAUGCUGCAGACAUGGGCCUGGCCCUGAUCUCAGGCUACAACCUCUUCCGUGAAGAUUUUCCGGAUCCGUCCUGGAAGGACACAGUUCUGGGAUUUCGGAAGCUGACCUGCAGAGAGUUGGACAUGUUCCCUGAUUACAGCUAUGGCUGGUUCAACACAAGCCUGAUUGUGGAGGGGAGGAGGUAUCUACCAUGGCUGACUGAAAGGUUAACUGAGAGGGGAGUGAAAUUCUUCCAGCAGAAAGUGGAGUCUUUUGAGGAGGUGGCAAGAGGAGGUGCUGACGUGAUUAUCAACUGCACUGGGGUGUGGGCUGGGGCAUUGCAACCAGACCCUCUACUGAAACCAGGCCGGGGACAAAUCAUUAAGGUGGAUGCCCCUUGGAUGAAGCACUUCAUUCUCACCCAUGACCCAGAGAAAGGCAUCUACCAGUCCCCAUACAUCAUCCCAGGGAUCCAGGCAGUGACUCUGGGAGGCAUCUUUCAGCUGGGGAACUGGAGUGAGGUAAACAACAUCCAGGACCACAACACCAUCUGGGAAGGCUGCUGCAGACUGGAGCCCACCCUGAAGGAUGCAAAAAUUAUUGCUGAAUUGACUGGCCUCCGGCCAGUACGCCCCCAGAUUCGGCUAGAAAGAGAACAGCUUCGCUUUGGAUCUUUAAACACAGAGGUCAUCCACAACUAUGGCCAUGGAGGCUACGGGCUCACCAUCCACUGGGGCUGUGCCUUGGAGGCAGCCAAGCUCUUGGGGAAAAUCCUAGAAGAAAGGGAGUUGCUCAGGAUGCCGCCACCCCACCUCUGAAAACACCACCUCCCCAAGGACUCCCUGCUCCCCUCAGCCAACCAAUCAAUGCACCCCCUCUAAGCUGUCACUCACUCUCCACUUCCACCCUGGCUCUUUUCUGCAAGAAGCACAAGAUGAGAGGGAAUCCAUAAGGUCCAUUCCUGGAGGCAAGUCUGGCCCUACCUGGGGCUCCCUUUGAUCACUGGGGUCUCUUUACCCACUCUGGGCCUGACAGAAUGAAGAACAGCUGGGGGCUGACUUAUUUUAAGUCCUCAGAAGAAAGGAAAGCUCAGAAAAUCAAAGGGGCAAGCAGAAAAUUGAGGAUAAUUGAGGUUAGGUAACUUGAGGACA